AUGCAGCUACUGCUAUCAUCUUCGAUGGACAAGACAGUUAGGCUGUGGGACUUGGAGACAAGAAGCUGUUUAAAGAUUCCUACUUCUGAUGAGUAUGGUUUGGCAGUCACUUGUGUACAGUUCAAUCCAGUAGAUGAAGAUUAUUUCAUCAGUGGUUCACUUGAUGGAAAGGUCCGAAUUUGGAGCAUACCUGAUCGUCAGGUUGUCAACUGGACAGAUCUCCAUGAGAUGGUUACAGCUGCUUGCUACACUCCUGAUGGCCAGGGUGCAAUCAUCGGCUCGCAUAAAGGGAUCUGUCAUUUGUAUACUAUAGAUGACUGCAAAUUGGAACAGAAAGAUCUUAUUGAUAUUCAAUGCAAGAAAAAGUCUCAAGCGAAAAAAAUAACAGGUUUUCAGUUCUCCCCGCAGAAUGCAUCGGAAGUGCUCAUUACUUCAGCUGAUUCUCAGAUUCGAGUCUAUAAUGGAACAGAGCUCGUACAAAAACUUAAAGGAAUCCAAGUAACAACACCAUUGGUGACAGGAUUUCGAAAUACUAGCAGCCAAAUAUUAGCUCAAUUCACAGCAAAUGGAAGAUAUGUCAUAAGCGCAAGCGAAGAUUCUCAGGUCUAUAUCUGGAAACUUAAAGAUUCAAAAAAUGAAGGAGGUGGGAAAAGCAGUAGGACUACCAUCCAGACAUAUGAGCACUUCCCAUGUAAAGAUGUUUUGGCUGCAAUUGCAUGGCCUGGCAGCAUAAAAAUUGAGCCACCAAUUGUAGACAUAAAUUCCAAAAGGCAGUCCAAACACUCCAGUGCAACACAACCAUGUUCCACAAGCAGUUCUCCAACCCAAGAAGACAACAAGGCUGGUGAAAUCAGCAAGAGGCAUUUGCCUCCACUUCCUAAGAAAAGCAAAGUACUCGAGAAAAGUCCAAGCUACACGGAAGAGGACUUUGCCCAAUCUGCUCGAAUAGACUCUGAAAAUGAUAUCAAUGAGUCAUUUGGUUCAUCCUCUUCAUUGAUUAGGCAUGGUGACUCACCUUCCAUUUCUGCUUCUGGGACUGCUGGAUCUCAACCCUGGUCCUCAUCUUGGUCCUUGUUCGAUGGUAGCAGUAGCCAUGGAAGCCAAACCGUCCAAGCAACGGCAUGGGGCCUGGUCAUCAUAACAGCAAAUGUGGGAGGACAGAUCAGGGUUUAUCAAAAUUUUGGGUUGCCUCUCAAAGUCAGUAGACAAACCUAUCUCUUCCUGUCAUAGAUAUUUGCUAUAAGAUGGGAACAAAUCCCAGCAAGAAUCCUGUACUUUAGUAAACAAAAUUGUUGAUCCCAAAGGCGACGCAAGGAUUGAGAUUAAUGACAUUGUAUGAAUAUGUAAUAAGAUCAUAAAGAUAAAACAAGAUUUUAAGUAAAGAAAUCAAAGAAAGUUAAGCAGAGGAAACGAUAUUUUAUUAUAACGAUGAUAUGGAGAGAAAGUUACAACAUAGCAAUUCUGGUUUGAACUAAACUAAAAGAAGAGUUCACUAUUUAUAGGUACAUACCAUACCAUAAAGAUGGAAAUAAUAUGAAAUAAUGAUAGGGCCGGCCCUUGAGCCAAGCCACCUAGCCAACCGCCUAGAGCUUCCAAAUUUUGGCUUGGGCCCAAGGCCUCAAAAUCCAUAUUAAUUCCAAAAUGAAAAAAAUGGUUUGGGGCCUUUGGGUUUUAGGAGUCUACAUAAACAACCGUGAACUACCUCCCUCACUCCUCAAGACUUUUUAUCUUUUCAAUUUGAGAAUUAUUCCACUUCCUCUCAAAUUCAGAAAUUCUCAAAUCUCAAUCCUCUGCUUCGGUUCGGUGCUUCCAGAAUCCGGAAUUCUCUAGGGCCUCCAAGCUUCCAUUUCCACGGACCAGUGUCAAUGGACAAAAAUUCGAAAUCUACCGCGAAAACCCCCAGUUUCUCCGCCUCUCGCACUCGCAUAGUCGCACGCCAGUCUGUCCUGUGCCAGAUUCCUUUUUUUCUUUUUUUUUUAUCUUAUCAGGUCCUUGGUUUUGGUAAGCAGCCUUAUAUG